AAUGACUUCAUUGGCCCGGAGGUCAUCUUCCUGGCAAAGCGCUAUGCAAGAAAUAUCUAGGCAGCGUCAGCUGUACCUUCUCGAGCCCUCUCUCAUCUCACAGCAUCCAACACCUCUUCGUUCGAUAGGUCUAAUUCUCAACGCCCCGUUGCCACAGCUCCUCACAGAUGCGGUGUUACUCCUGGUAAAUGCGCUGCUUUCGACAAUCCUCGUGCUAUGUCCUCGAACACCUCUGGUAGUCAUCCAUCCAUCUCUCCUCUCGGUGCCUCCUUCUGCCCCUACAGCUCAUCAAGUUCACAAUGCACUAGUCCCUGGCGAAGAGGAGAAUUGCCGGCUGCUGGAAGAAAAUACGAGACUUGCUCGACGCACUGCGGAUACAAUUGAGCGACUGAAAAUACUGCAAGUGAGGACCACUGAGCUGGGCGUUCAAGUUAGGUUACUGAAGGAUGCACAUGAACCUACAUGAACACCGCAACUUUGACACACCUAGUAUACCAGAGCCCGGUAAGUCGCGCGCGCGCAUACAGCAUGAGUUAACUCUGUAUCUAGCCUCCGGAAGAAACAUCAUCGGAGAUAAAACGUUCAAGCAGAUGGCCGGGUUCCCAAGAACUCUGUGGAAGUGUUGGCUAUGAUGGCUAGGUAUUCGAGUAUGGAAGAAUAUGUCAGGCUGUGGUGAAAAUUUGUGGAAGGGACUCCCUGCCUGUGUCAUGUACAUUCAUUAUGGUAUCUGUUGUACGAAUCACCAUUAUUUUUUGAUUAUAUAUUUCUCGAACCCGCAACAUGCAUAAGUGCAUCUUGUUUAC